AUGAACGCAAUGCGAAAAAGAAGUCUCACCUGGCGUCUGAAAAAUUUAAACCCUCCGUUUACCACUCAAAAGCGGAACGCUAUGUUCAGAUCCAUUCCCGUACAAAAAGUGGUGGCUGCUGGUGUGGCCGCCACUGGUGUGACUGCUUCGUACUUGCUUUACAAGGACACCAUGACCGCUUCGGCCAUGACUGCCGCUGAACACGGGUUGCACCCUCCUCACUACGGCUGGUCCCACAACGGGAUGUUCGACACUUUCGACCAUGCUUCGAUCAGAAGAGGGUUCCAAGUGUACCAAGAAGUCUGUGCCGCCUGCCACUCGCUUGACAGAAUUGCCUGGAGAAACUUGGUCGGUGUGUCGCACACUGCCUCCGAAGCCAAGGCCAUGGCCGAAGACUUGGAAUACCCCGACGAACCCGAUGAUGAAGGUAAGCCCAGAAUGAGACCCGGUAAGUUGUCUGACUACAUUCCCGGCCCUUACAAGAACGAGCAAGAAGCUAGAGCUGCCAACCAAGGUGCUUUGCCUCCGGACUUGUCGUUGAUCGUCAAGGCCAGACACGGUGGUUGUGACUACAUCUUUUCCUUGUUGACUGGUUACCCUGACGAACCUCCCGCCGGUGUUUCGUUGCCCCCUGGGUCGAACUACAACCCUUACUUCCCCGGUGGUUCGAUUGCCAUGGGUAGAGUGUUGUUCGACGACUUGGUUGAAUACGAAGACGGUACCCCCGCCACCACUUCGCAAUUGGCUAAGGAUGUCACCACUUUCUUGAACUGGGCCGCUGAACCCGAACACGACGAAAGAAAGAAGUGGGGUCUUAAGGCUCUCAUCAUCGUCUCGUCGUUGUACUUGCUUUCGGUUUACGUCAAGAAGUUCAAGUGGCAACCCGUCAAGAACAGAAAGAUCAGAUUCGACCCCCCCAACAAGAAGAACUAA